AUGACUCAUCGUCUGUCAGAUGAUAUCUUUAACUAUAUCAAUCGUUCAGAAAAAAAAACAAAGAUACAUGAAGAAUUAAACGAUAAAAUGAAUAAUAUUUCCAGACAAGCUGUUGAUGAAGGAAACGUGGAAAACAUUCAAAAAUAUACAAGAACUGUUGUACAAUAUGAAAUUAUUCGAAUGAAAGUAAGUCAAUUUACAAGCAUGUAUACAGAUACUUCAGUGACUCGAGCACUUUUCGAUACAUCACUAAUUUCAUGUAAAGAACUUUUUCUAUCGUUGAUUUAUACAGAUUUGGCGGCAUUACCGGGGACAACACCAACACUAUCCGAAGAUGUAGUUCCAAAAUAUUCACGUCCACAAUCAACGAGAAAAUUGAAUAAUAUGAGACAAAUCAUAGAAUUUAAUCGACACAUUAAAUAUGCAAUAGAAGGAUUAACAAAUGAUUUUCUCAGUACAUAUUUUGACUUUCAACAAGAUAUACUGAAGUCAUCUACGAACAGUGUUAUAGGAGACUCAUACAAUAAAUCCUUACUAUCAACUGAAUUUUAA